UUACUACUUGAAGCCUCUUCUCCAAUUCUCUCCAACCCAUAUUUUCCCUCACUCUCAUCAGUCAAGAAUCAUCAUACCCCCAUUUCCCUCAAUCUUAGCCAUAUGGAGCGUGGUCAGAGUAGUAACCAACGUAACAACAACAACGAGUUUAUUCUACCUGACAACUUUUCGGAACUGUCAUUGAAAACAAUCGAAAACAUACAAACAAGGUGUAGGAAGGGGCUGGAACCAGGCACUGUUAGGUAUAUGAGAGACAAUAGGUGCCCUGGAUAUGGAUGGUUACUGCCUGGAUGGUUAGCGGAGGAGCGUGUAGUUGCAUCAGGAAGAGUGUAUAAGCACUAUUAUGAUCCGUCGGGCCGCCUGUAUAGAACCCAGUUUGAGGUUCUUUAUGCGUGGGAGAAAGCUGGAUUGAUCCUUCUCGAUUCGUAAUGACCAGAAGGUUAGGACUUUGUCCUCCUCUUUAUAUAAUAUAUAUAAUAUAUGAUCUUCUUAAUUAAGGGUUUUUUUCUUCUUUUUUAAUUAUAUAUGGGUAAUAUAGGUCUAUUUAUAUCUUUGUCCAUUAUUUUUGGUGAAUUGCAGCAGAUCAGGGGAGUCGUCCGGAUCAUAGCAAACCGGACUUGUCAUCUGCCUCUAUGUUUCAAGUUUUAUUUCUGGGACUGUUUAAUUAUAAUGUAAUUGUCUUGCAAAUUAAUUUGAGUUUGAGUU